UACAGUAACUGGGCUAUAGGCAGAAGAUAUGAGUGUUCAGUAUUAUGUCAUCUGCUCACAACAAUUUGGAAAGCGGCUGCGGGCUACUUUGCACUUAUUUUUGCGCACGCACAACCACGUCGUAUAGGAAGAACAAGAUGUCUGAGUCCGUGAACUAGGGAGGGGCGGCUGCAAAACACACUGAUAGCCUGAAUGCAAAGAGCCAAAAGAACACUUCCUGUUGAUGCAAAAAUUGCAGCAGCAACUGUCUGACACAUCUGGACUGAAGAGGGGGGGAGGCCUGGCUGUAGUGUUAGCGAACUACCGAGGGGAAUGGACACGGUUCAAUGUUAACCUGGAAGACGGUUGCCGGCAAACUGGAGAAACAUAUCCAAGAAAUGGACGACGGCAGCUACGUCGAGUUUGAUGUGCCGGAGUUCAGUAACACUGUUCUGACUCAGCUCAAUGAGCUGCGGCUGCAAGGGAAGCUGUGUGACAUCAUAGUUCACAUUCAGGGCCAGCCGUUUCGAGCCCACAAGGCCGUAUUGGCAGCGAGUUCGCCCUACUUUCGUGACCACUCGGCCCUCAGCACCAUGAGUGGCCUUUCCAUCUCGGUCAUCAAAAGUCCUGAGGUGUUUGAACAGCUUCUCGCGUUCUGCUACACGGGUCACAUGUCCCUACAGCUCAAGGAUAUCAUCAGUUUUCUCACUGCUGCCAGCUUCCUGCAGAUGCAGACCAUCAUUGACAAAUGUACCCAGGUCCUGGAGCGUAUCCACUCCAAGAUCAGCCUCCCAGUCGGUGUCUGCAGUCCAGAGAAGGACGACUCGCAGACUGGUCGCAACGGGGUCAAUGACAGCAACCUCUUUGUAAACCCUACCCAGAUCUCCCCCCCUUACUACUCCCGGCAAGGCUUGGGCCGGGGGCGACAGCAGCACGAGGAAGCCCAGUCGGACCGCGGCAGCAGUGACAGCGUGUCAGAGCACGAUGCUCCCAUGGAGGGAGAGACGGAGCAAGUGGAACUGAUUGGCAAAGACGGGCAAGUGACGGAUGUGCACGUGAAGGUGGAGAAGCCCGACAGGCCCACUUACUCCGACAGUUCCUCAGCGGGUGAUGAUGGUUACCACACGGAGUUGGUGGAUGGAGAACAGGUGUUGGCGGUGAGUGUGGGUUCUUACUGUCCUGUCAUCCAGCCUGCUACUUAUUCUUACUCAGGGCUGACCUCCCCUUGCUUCGUCAACAUCAGCAGCUCCAGUCCCUCGCGCUCCAUGCUCAGUGGCUUCCGCGGUGGACGAGCCAGGUCAAAGCGGCCCCUGGCCAUCCCGGCAGGCGUGCUGAGUCACGCCAAGCCGGACGACGGCGAGUCAGCUGUGGGGGCCACGGGGCUUGAGAACGACGUGCGAGAGCGCAGCCUGCGCAGCCAGUGGUACCCGUACAAUGAGAGACUCAUUUGCAUCUACUGUGGAAAGACCUUCAACCAGAAGGGAAGCCUGGACCGCCACAUGCGCCUGCACAUGGGAAUCACCCCGUUUGUUUGCAAAUUCUGUGGCAAGAAGUACACGCGGAAAGACCAGCUGGAGUACCACAUCCGUGGCCACACGGACAACAAGCCCUUCCACUGUCAGAUCUGUGGAAAAUGCUUCCCCUUUCAGGGCACCCUGAACCAGCAUCUGCGCAAGAAACACAUGGGCGCGUCGGAGAGCAACAAUCACACGGACUCUCCAGAGAGGACCGAGGGAGGCUCUGGCCAGAAGGACCAAGAGGAUACGUCCGAGGGGAUGGCCUUCGAGGCACAAUAUGCAGAGGAGGCACCCGCCAAUGAUAUGGAGGAAAGCUCCAAAUGUAGUCCAGACCAGGAUCAAGCAUCAAGAUGUGAUUUUUAAGGUUCAGGUUAAGGAAGCUUUAAGAAGUGUUUGUUUCAACUCAAGUUAAAGGACUCUUUUCAAUUUGGAAUCGGCUCCCUCUAAUAUGGACGUUUCUUUCAUUAAGGUUCUCUGUCAGUUUUGUGAAAGUUGGUCAUUGAAUGCAAAGUGGAGAUGGGUGCUUUAUAGAGAUUUGAUUCUUACCUGUAAAGGGAGUAACAACUUACUAUUUUGUAGGAGGUCCUAAUAAUCAAGACCUCCUCGUUGAUUUCUCUUUUUAUCUUUUAAUGUUUUUUAAAACAUAUUUACAGAGUUAUAUAGGCAUGUUGCAAUAAUUGAUAAUGUGAAAGCUCUGGUAAGAUGCUUGUCAUAUCACCUUUUUACCUGACCUGUUUUUGCACACGUGGCCACAGGAGGUCACUUAUUCACAAGGAAUGAUUUUUCUGCCAGUGCAAAGCUUCGUGUGACAUAUCCGUACAAUACCUCAUGAUGCAACUACAUACUCAUAUAAUAGACAGUAUUUUAACCUAAAUGAAACUCACCAGGUUCUACCUCAUAGCCAAGAACCUAGCAGGCACACAUAUUCACCGUUUGAAAUCACUUGUAUGAACAGUAUCUUUAUUGCCAAACCCUGUAAAAAAAAGAAAAAAAAAGGAAAAAAAAAUAUUCACAAAGCCUUGAUACUUAACGGUAAAUAUUCCUUGCUGAUUGUAUGGAUUAGGGACAAAGUCCUUGUCUGAUGUGUCAUGGAUCGGCCAGGUUACAAUGAUUAUUAAGAAGGUGCUACGUUAGGAGUUCUUUAAAUUUGCUAGCUUGUGUGUUUUCGUUAAGAUGCAGAGAGCAGACGAAGAGAAUGACCCUGCAUACUUUUAAGAUAUCUUUUUGCUGUCUGAUAAUACUUAAGGAUUUAUAAUCUCAUCACUACUGGAGAUCUCAGUCUGAUGGCCAAGGUGGUUUAAGAUGCUAUCGUCCAUGGGUUGGAUGAAUUACGUCCAUACAGUGAAAUUAUAUAUAUAUAUAUAUAUUUCUCUAUACUCUUAUGGCAGAUUUAUACUGAACUGUUGUAUUUGUGUUUGUCUUGGGUUUUGGCCUUUAGCUUAAUACUGAGACAAGAGUCCUCUUUGUCAACUCAGCACAGUAGGAACAGCUCUGGGUCUGUUCACAUAAGUCAAAGUACACUAGUCUGAAUAAUAUGCAAACUGAAAGACUACAGGAAUCUCAGCCAUCGUGACGUCGUUUUUAUUGCAUUAUUUGAAAGAGCCGUCGGUUCGGUUUUCCUGCUUUCAUUCUGUUGUUGCUGUGACUGGUUUUCUGCAUGGAGCGACGUCAAAUGCACGCGUGGAACAGGUUCCCCCUCUUAUUAAUCAAUUAAGGUUAAGGCGGUGAAGAGCUAAAUGUUCGGGAGCGGGAGCUGGUGGAUGGAGUAGAAAGAAUAUGCUAACCUAAGUCUUAAUUUUGAUUAUUUUUGAGUAAAAAUUGACUUUUAACAGACUCUGUAAACACGUGAAUACUAUUGGCUGCAAGUCAUGCAUACAGGGAUGUUGUAUUUUAUCUAUACUAUUUGAAAUGUCGGGGAUGGGGAUAUUUUUUUUUUUAGCUUCUAUAGGUUUUAUUUCUGUUCUGAUUUAAAAGAAUCUGCAUUCACAGUAAAUACAGGAGGCACUUAAAAGGGCCCCCGAAGAAUUAUCUGCACAUGUGAUGCUCAGUUGGGCGAGUCCAUUUUGUGCUUGCGUCCCGUCCCGUCGGAUCAAUGCUGAAUUUAUUCAAUGAACUGAGAUUUAUUGUUUUGUUUUUUUUAUAUAGUUUUAAUAUAAGUCUCUACUUUGUGUGUUUUGGUGGGAGAAUAGUUUGUUUUGUUGCUUACGUCCAAUGUUGAGUCAGGAGCGCAGCCCUUUUAUUCCGGUGAACGCUGCGUCCGACGUCUUCUCUCGUCGACUUUCGCUCAAACAGCAAUCCAACGUUUGGGGGACUUUGCAAAAGCAAAAAAAAAAAAAAGAAUUGGUAUAGCUAGCUUUUUGUUAUCUUUUUGUGUACUUUUUAGUCAUCAUCACCCACUGUCAACCUAUAAAGUACUUUUUGAUGAAUGUUAAGUAAACGGAGCGUAUCCCUGCCGCUGCUGACGCGACGCGCGGAUUCGACCUCUGAUCUGACCUCGGCGAAAACCGUCUGGCGCUCUCACCCGUGACGUUUUCUGAGUAAUGGGUACAAUCUGCUGACAAAGAAUUUGUGCCAAGAGUUAAACACCAAAGACUAAAAGGUGGUUUUUAAACAGUACAUAUUGACUGUGUUGCAUAAUUGAGAGCUUGUGAAGAGAAACAGAUCCUUCAUUUAAAGUAGGUUCAUUGCUAUUCGCAAGGAACGUCGUUUCCCAGCUUAUAACAAUCACUUGUAUAAAAUUUGAACAAUUAGCUAAGACGACAUUAAAGUCAUAUAUUGUGUAAUAUAUUAAGCCAUACAGGAGCUGACAAUUUUAGAAGUUGUGCAAUUGUUUCAAGCCAAUGUAAACAAAAAAAAAAUAGAGAGAGAGAGAGGGAGAAUAUUUUACAAAAGUGGCAUCUUAAACAUAGUGCCUUGCCACGAGCUUUACAUGCUAGAAUCUGGCACUUUUGUCUUGUGCCUCUGUCAUUUUUACAUGCUUUGAAUAGAGAGAUUACUGAGCAGAGAUUAACAAACUAUGGCCGCGUUAUUUGUAGUGAAGUGGCACCGAGAAUGCAACCGAGUCAUUCUUUUGUCAUGGGACGGUUUGAUGGUUUGAACAGUUUUUUUUUUUGUAGCAAUUGAAAGCGAUCGAACGAGGCCGACCAUCGCCCCCGCCCCCCCACCCCCGGCCCUCCCAUGACUUCUCCAGCCACUGAGGACAAUCUUAGCAGCGUACUGUAUUUGUAGACAUUUCAAUGAAGGAAGGCGAAUGCAUGAGAAACACAGAACGACUUCCUACUCUCUCUAAAGCAUCGGACAGGGGAACAGCUGUCCGCGUGUUUAGCUGAUAAAAUAAACUGAGAGGAAAAAAAAAAAGAAGCUUGCCCUCAUUUAAUGUAGCCAAAUUGCACGUUGCCCAAACACAGAAAUUGUAUAAAAUUGCCAAUUUUUUUUUUAUUAUUAUUAUUAUUAUUAUUAUUGAUAUUUCUUUUAUUUGUGUCAUUGAUUCGUGCACUUAACAGUUUUCCAUUGAUAGUACAUGUAUGCUAAAGCCAUCCAGGAAGUCUAGUCGUUCCUCCAUUAGUUACCCCCAAGGGACUCAGCUGUAAUAACCUCUGUCAUUUUGGUAGAGGAACCUUUGCUCUAAAAUGGUGCUUUUUUUCCUUUUUUUUUUAGAUAAGUCACUUUUUUUCCUUUCCAAACCGGUAAACGACUCCCAUUUCUUCAGGUAAAUGGAGAGGGGGGUGGGGGGUGGGGGUAUUUUCAGUGCUUUUCAUGAACUAUAGUUACUUCUAUGACAGUCCGCAUCUACAGAACCAGCUCAACUUGACACACUCGAAUUGACUUUUUUGUCAACUCUUGGUUCCACCUGAGAGGAACGGGAGUUGCGUUAUGGGCCACAAGUAAUCAAAAGGAAGUGUUUACAGGGAAGGCUGUCAGACUACUUUUUGAAAAUUGCAGCUCAUCCUAUUCCUUUUAUAAUAAACUCACUUCAGGUAGUUUACGAACACUGAUACAGGCUUAGAAAGAAAUCUUAAGUCUUCCAUAGCUUUUCUGUCAGUUUCUGUCCACUGUGUAUUAUGGAAAGAGGAAAAAAACAAGAAAAAAAGCAAUAACCUUUUUUAAAAAAGUAGUGUAUUGGGGAUCAUCAAGCCUGUUGAAAAAUUGGCCUGUCAAAUAUCACACAAAGUGAAUGACAGGGAGAAUCCAAGUAGGACCAGGACAAUUUGUUAUUGAUUUAUUUUUAUAUGUUUUCUGAAACUUUGGACGGGUUGUCUUCCUCUUCAGGAGAUAUAUAAAUAAUAAAAAAAAAAAGUGGUGUUGCUUGUUUUUUUUUUAUUAUUAUUUUAUUUUGAAAAGCAAUGUUGGAAAAAAAAUCCAGUGGCAGCGACUUGACUGCGACACAAGAACUGAGUGUGCAGUUCAGUCAUCUAACUCAGUGGCACU